GCAACUGCAGUCGCCAUCUUUACAGCGAUAGUUUGUUGGGUGGUUGUUGCGUCGAAAAUAUUUUUUUAUUUUUGGUUUCUGUGUUACCGAUUUUACUAAAACAAAAAUUAUUUGAAUUUUAUUUUGUGUUAGUUCAUAAUAUACUUAUCAUAAUGAGCACUGCCGCUGCUACUCCUUUGUUUGCUUGUUCGCGUUGUUUCUCAAGACAUCCUUUCGAAGAAUUAUCUCCUGGUGAACAACUGUGUAAGGAAUGUCGCGGUUCAUUCCCGGUCGUCAAGUGCACGUACUGUCGCUCGGAGUUUCAACAAACAAGCAAAUCAAAUACAUCAUCAAUCUGCAAGAAAUGUGAGGCUAACGUAAAGGCAUAUGGUAAGCCCACGGCUUGUGAAUACUGCAACAUCAUUGCUGCAUUCAUUGGCAAUAAGUGUCAGCGUUGUGCCAAUUCGGAGCGCAAGUAUGGUGCAGCAGUGACAUGUGAGCAGUGUAAACAGCGCUGUGCUUUUGACCGACAUGAUGACAGCAAGAAGGUGGAUGGAAAGCUUCUCUGCUGGUUGUGCACUCAGUCUCUGAAGAGAGCUUUGGCGAGGACAAAACAACAUAUAUCGGCCGUGGACAAACAUAAACACAGGGCACACAAGUCUAAAGGUGGACAUAAAGAAAAGCGUAAAUCUGAUAUGUUGAAGUUAAAUGCUAGCGACUCAUCUCAUGGCGAUCAGCCCCUUGAAAAGAAAUCUAAAUUGAAUCCAUUGCAGGGUAAAAGUUUCUAUUUACUUUUAGGAGAACUGGACCCCAACAGCUCGGACCACGUGGUCGCCAUGACCCAGCUCAAGGAGACCAUAGCCAGUUUACAAAAGAAGGUUCAACAAAAGGACAAUGAGCUACUUGCCAAAGAUAAACUGAUCACCGAAUUGAAAGCUCAGCACCUAAACAAUACGACAGAUCUUCGCAAUGAAAUGAAAAACAAAGAUCGUCUGAACGAGACCAAAUUUAACAUGAUGAACAGUAAAAUCCAGAAUUUGCUGAAAGAAGUAGCUACGCUAAGUAAAUCUGCGAAGAAGAACAACAAGAACACGAAGGUCGCUUUAGCGAAUACUGAAAAUAGCGGCAGUGGAACAGACAGCCCUAGCACUAAUUAGAACAAUUUUUUUAUUUUUUUAAUAUUUAUGCUCAUAAUGCCAAUUUAAAAAUUCAAAUCAUUGAUGUAACUUUACGAUUAUCCAUGUUUGAUCGAUAUGUAGAAGUAGAAACUGCCCUUCUAGACAAACAAAAAAAACGCCGCCAAAGCGAUAGCCAUAAAUAAAGCACUUGACGGAGUGAUACCAUACAAUUUAAAAAAAAAAAACAUAUUUUUAUUCUAGUGUGCGUGGGAUGCGUAAAGGCAUGCUUUUUAAUUUGUGUACGUAUAAUUUUCAUUAGGGUGUGCAUAAAAGUCCUUUGUAAUUUCGCACGUAAAAUAUCACGCAUUUCGACAUUUUAAGGCAUUAUUUCAUAUUUCACACCUGUAUCUUUGUUAUAAAGCAUUCGUAACCCUCAUUAUAGAACAGAACACUGGUCGGGCGGAAAAUACUAAGUCUAACUGUUAGCCGCUGGACGCGCAUGGGCUGCUUCACGAUAUGUAGUGGUGUAAUAAUAUAAGGCGUUAGCGACUCGGUACCAUCAGAGCGUUUGACACUUGGCUAAGCCUGCUAUAUUAAAAUAAACGACUGUGACUGGCGAAAUAUUUCGGAUAAAAAAUAAAAAAAAUGGCAUUUUGAGCAUAAAUAAUUUUAGUAAUAUUACUAAAUACCAUGGAAAACUAUUUUUCCUAUUAUUUUUUUACUCUACAAAUGGUUUUAUUUGUAGAUUUUAAACUUAAUCUUAAGUAGAAUUCAAUUUGACGACAACUAUUGUAUUUAUUUUUUAUUUUUUUAUUUAUUCUAAUGCAACAUCAAAUCUUACCGACUAAAGUAAACUGAUAAAUUAUAACAUAUAUAACGAUAUGUAUAAACAAUGCUGAUGGACAAGGAUAUUUUAUUGUAAGACUUCAACGUCAAUUUCUGUGCCCCGUUUUAGAAUGCUGUUUCUAAUAUAUAUUGAUUUUCUAUUUCGCCGUUUUUUUUGACAUUUUAUGGAUAUAUGACAUUUUUUUUUAAUAUUAGAACUUAUCAAUAGACAUAGCUAUUAAUAAGACGCCGAGACACGUUUUAUGACGUGACAACUAAUCCAACUUUUCCUGCAUUAAGUACUUGUGUUCGUAGUGCUUCUCCUUGUAUAGUGCUCAUAUAUAAUUUUUUUUAAUGCAAAUGGCUAAGGCAAACGUGUGUGUUCUAAAAAUAAAUCAAUAUUUCUGAAAUCUAACUUUGACUACGCAAUUAUACAUCAGUAAUGUAGGAUCUCGUUACUCAUAACACGCUUUCCCUGUUUACCAAAAUAAUGAUUCUGAACUUAUCUUUUUAUACAUUGAGUAAUAAAAACGUAAAACACGAGUUUUCUUCUUUUUUUGUGAUAAGAAUUUGUAGUCUCAAAAUAUAUAAUAUCUAAUCAUUAUUAUUAUGUGUAUAUAUAUAUUUAUGUAGGUAAGUUAAGUACCAUCAUAUCAUCAGUAUUUAAUUUCUUUAUUUUCUAUUGCAACAAUGUAUACGCAGAUGUCGAUAUUGACAGAAAUAAUUUCUCAUUUUUAUAAACUUGUUACAAUUAGCAUUCCCAGCAAUCGUGUGUAUCUGUGUCUACAACGUAGUCUGUAAGUGAAUAAAGAUGGAACAUUAUUUUUACUUAUUCCAAAACGAAAUUAGAUAAAAUAAAACUAUUAUAAUCAUAUGGCUUAAUGUCUUGGAGCUUGCUGAGAAAUAAAAAGUCCCAGGAAAUUAAAAUUUAUUAUAGUAUCUUUCACGUAACUUUAAUUUCGUGUAAAUUCUGCUUUCUCCAAACAAGUUAGCAAUAGCGAAAAUUUAAAAACAUAUUAUAAUGCUAAUAACCAAAUUUCUGAAAAGAAGAAAGCUGUCGAAGUUAUUGAUUUAUUCCAACUUGUGUGAUUUUAAAAUAAUAAUUGAUAAUGAAUAGUUAUGAUAAAAAUAUGAACAGCUCAAGCGGACAAACCUAUCGUGUUUAUAAACAACCCCAAAAUCUUAUAUGUAAAAAUUCCUCAAUGUGAAUACAAAAUACUUGUUAGAAAAUAAAUAAAAAAAUUAAAUCGA